AUGAUCAUCCGAAGACUCGUUAUAUUUCUUUUUCUUUUCAUUCUUGCCGGUGCCAAUCCAAUUCAUCAAAAUAUUAAGGAUAAUGAAUAUCGUCAACGACGUAGUUUUGAACUUACAAAAUGGCAAUUAGCUGAUAAAUUAUAUAAAGAUCUUUCUCAGAAUGAUAAUCAUCGAAUUGAAAUUGAAAAAAGAUUUAAACGUUCAGAUAUUCCACUAGAGUUAAGACCUGUCGAAGGACCCAUUAAUAUUGAACAAUUACCAGCGAUGUUAGCAGCAAGAUAUGUCAAACGUUAUCCAUAUUCACAACGAGAUGAUCCUGAGAUAAUGUGA